AUGAUUAGGCCAGGAACAGCCGUGCGUUGGCAGCGGGAGACGGCUCGGCCGCAAGCUUUCUCUGUUUCCUCCGAAGCCCCUUCGUCAAGCGAGCUAAUCUCGCGCAAGCUACCGCCUCUGGAGGAAUUCCUUCGCAAGCGUGAUUACGUGGGCGCCAUCACGCUGCUUGAGUACGAGAGGGAGCAGGGAACCAAGCGCCGAGAACGGCGCUUCUGGCUCGCGUACUGCUACUUUCAUGCGGGACUAUAUUCGGCAGCCCUGAAAUGCUGCGAUCAACUUCUCAAACGCGGGAAGAAAUCGUGUCUAGAUUCACAGGAAGAGGGCCACGGGAGCGUAGGGGAGAGAGCGGGUGUCUCAGACCUCGCAAGUCUGCAGCCUUCUGGCGAUGUUGAUGAAGGCAAGGGUGUAGGUUCUGCCGGAAGCACUCCUGCCGCAAACGGCAGCAGCGCCCGCAAGGAGUGGAGCGUACCCAGCAGCGGCGUCCACACUCAGUUUCUUGAUCGUGAAGAAGAUGGUGAAGACGAUGGAGACGAUGAGGGCAACUCGUCUGAGUUGACCCCUGACAAGGAGAGCGAGCUUCACUUGUAUAAAGCUAUCUGCCUGUACGGCAUGUAUAUGUUCCCACAAGCGAAGCAGGAGGCGUUGCAGGCAGCGAACACCAAAACACGAAACCGCCUCCUGCUGUGCAUUGCGUACCAUGAAAGCGACCCCGAUUUAGACAGAAAACUUGAGGCAUUGGACACAAGUGACUUUCGCGACCAAAUGACCGCGGCUGCUGUGGAGUACAUGCGCGGGCGACCGGAUGUCGCCUGCGAUAUCUAUCGGAAGCUCUUAUCCGCCUAUCCAGAAUACCAUGCCUUGAAAAUAUACUACGCCAUGGCAGCUUUCAAAGGAGAAAUGUUCGAGAUAGCCCGCGGCCUUGUAAAGGAAUACGAAGGUUGCCACGCGAGAUCCCUUGUUGCUUCCAAUCUUUUAGCCUGCUGCCUCUACGAAGAAGAUGCGGCUUCCAGCGCAAUGGAGAUCUACCAUUUGCUGGGACACGAGGCAGACCGCGAGGAGUCGUUCUUCAUUCAGCACAACGACCUGCUGAGGCACAACGCAUGCGUCUUCCAGAAGGGAGAAAAGGGCCUCCAAGUCUGGCGCGCCCUGAUCGGCAUUAUUCCCGAGGCGAGACUGAAUCUCACCCUCCUCCAUAUGCGUACCGGCGACUACGAGUCUGCGUUCAGUCUCAUGCAUGACUUCGACCCCAGGACAGCAAAUGAAUACACUAUUCGAGCCCUCGCGUUCAUGCUCCUGGGACAAGCGCGCGAUUCCGCGCAGCACAUCUGCGAAGCUCAGAACAUGUUCCUGACAGUCGGAACUGCCGAUGGAGAAAUCGAAUCGAUUCCGGGAAUGCAGAGCAUGUUCUACUACUACUUUCUGCGGAAAGACUACGACGCGGCCCUCGCCUACGCUAGCAGGCUCGAGCCCUAUUUCGGCAGUGAGCCUUCGUAUCGGUGGAACAAAGCGCUGGCGUUGAGCCAGGAAGGACGCUACGAAGAGGUGAAAGCUGCGAUUUCGGCAAUUGAUGAUGAGGAGUAUCUCAGAGACCCUCUUUUCUUGCGCUGGCUGUGCCGAGUCUACGUCGCAACAGGAGACUGCGAUGAGGCCAUAUGUCUCUGUCUGCAGCAAAAUGAGCGGUCUCAGGCUCAUGCGCUUCUGAAAGAAGUUGCGGAUGACUGCUACGCCAUCGGAGACUUCUACUUUGCCCUGAAGGCAUUCUGUCUACUGGAUAAAGCAGACGCAAAUCCUCUUCUGUGGCCUGCGCUUAGAGGCGCAGCUGCAGGAUUUCUCCUCAAGCUUAGAGUCGGACGCGAGGAUAUCUCGAGAAUAAAGGAAGCCACUUCCUUUCUACGCGACUGCUCUGCUACCAAAAUGGUCAACAUUGCCGCUGCCCUAAGACAACUGGGUCGUGCGCAUGGACUACUCAUCGACUAA